CCGCACAUCACGUCACUAGCCUGAGACCGCACCGGCUCUUACCGAAACCAUGUUUCUUCCUGCUACUAAAUGCUCCUCGUCUGUGCUCCGAUUGCUGCGGAGGAGUGGGCUCGCACUCGGCCCCUUCCAGUCCGGAACGUUGCCGCGCUGCCUGCCAGUUCGCCUGAGGCGGAGUCCUCGCUGCCUUUUAGAAGGGACUGGACCGCGGUCCUGCGCCUCGUGUCCCAGAGACACUGGGGAUUUGGGUGGGGGGAGCGGCACCUGUUGCAAAGAUGAGAAUCUUAUGGAGAAGCCCGUUGAUUCUUCUGUUCCACACCAAGGUGACGACGCCAGCUGGCCGCAACUCUCUUUGGGUGCUCAGGGUGCACGGUCUCUUUCUUCUGUGGAGAAACCUGCGAGAAUGUUGACAGAGAACAUGCUGGCUCUCGAGAUCAAAUACGCGGCCAUUGACCAUCGGCAGUAUAGCGAUGAAAGCGAGGUGACCCUCCUACCCCCAGCACAGACCCCAGGACAUUAUCGUAAAACGCAGCCCGCGCAGAGCAAAGAGUUGCCUGCACGUUCGGUCAAGUCCUGUCCUAAAGAACUCCCCUUUCAACCCGGGGAUCUUCUUUACGCUGAGUUCCAAAAAGGCGAAAAUACAUUUAAAAGAAUGUUUAAGUUGGAGGCUGCGGGACAAUUAAGUAGUAACUGGGGAGCAAUUCCAUACAAAGAAAUGAUUGGGAAGUUGCCCGGCCAAUUAUUUAGAACUUCGAUUGGUUACCGCUUUAUGCUGAGAAGACCAGCAUUGGAAGAGUUUGUUUUAUUGAUGAAAAGAGGGCCUACUAUAUCAUAUCCAAAGGAUAUGAAUAUGAUGCUGAUGAUGAUGAAUGUCAAACAAGGUGAUGUUAUUUUGGAUGCUGGGUCAGGUUCUGGAGGAAUGAGUUUGUUUUUAUCACAAGCAGUUGGAUUACAGGGACGAGUUAAAAGUUUUGAAAUUAGAAAAGACCAUCACAACCAGGCUAAGAAGAACUACAAGUGUUGGCGUGAUGCAUGGAAGAUUAGUCAUGUGGAAGAAUGGCCAGAUAACGUGGAUUUCAUUCAUAAGGAUAUCUUAAAAGCUGCUGAUGACAUAGAAUCUAUAACAUUUGAUGGGGUAGCUUUGGACAUGCUAAAUCCUCAUAUUGCCUUACCUAUCGUAUAUCCAAAUCUUAAGCAAGGUGGCAUAUGUGCAGUAUAUCUAGCAAAUAUCACACAGGUAAUUGAACUUUUAGAAGGAAUACGUAUCUGCAAACUUGCGCUCUUGUGUGAACAGAUAAGAGAAGUUCUUAUUAGAGACUGGUUAGUAUGCCCAGCAAAAAGGAAAGAUGGCACUUUAGCCCAAAGAGUAGAGCCUAAAACCAGUAUAGAUUUAAAAUUACAUUCCCAAAGGGAAACUGAAACUGAAGAAAGUGAGAAUGUACAAGAGAAUGAUUAUGGUGAAUCACUUUCUGGUUUUCCAUAUAGCUCAAUUCCUUACAUUGCUAGACCCUUUCAUUGUCAAGCUAAUCACACAGCUUUUCUUGUCAAAUUGAGGAAGUUCAGCCCAGAACAUUAACCGAAUACUCCAGAUGUCUGACUACAACUAAUUUCAAGAUUGCAAAGUACCAAGAUAAACUUAAUAUUGUAAAUGAUUGCUUUUAUAGAUUUGUUGUUUUAUCUUUGUUAUUACUUUGAUUUACAAAUCUUUAUUAUAUAUGAAUUUUAAAAUAUGAAAGCUAAGUCAACAGGCAACUGUGCAACCGUUACAAACAAACCAUGCAUUAGCUCAUUUUGACACUUAUCUUGAAAUUACAUUCAUAUUUUAUAUUUAAUGAUUCCAAGUUGGUUUAGUCGAGUCAUUUCACUCUUCAUUUCCUGUAAACCAUUCCAUAGAUUUGUCUUGCUUCAUGCAACUAGUUUUCCUUCCCUUUUUUGAUACGUUAUCAGUAGCUAUUAAAAAUUUAAAAAAAAAUGUAUUAAGACAUGGAAAGUUAGGUUUUUUUAAAGUAUACAUUCAGAUGGUUCUAUGUAUAUUUGGAAAAAAACAAAACUUUUGGAUUUCAGUGAAUGUAAUAUAUUCAGGCCAUUAUAAAGAUUUAAAACAAUGUUUAAUCUCUCCAAAGUAAAACCAUUUUGGUUAAGUUAAAAAUCUUAAAAUAAAGUUAAUAUAAAAUAUUAAUAUAUUAUAUAACAUGAUAUAAUAUAUUAAUAUAAAAUAAGUUAAAAAUAAAUAACAGCAGAAAUGUUUGUUUCCUUUUGUCUCUUAAAGAGGUAAUGAUGAUUUAAUCACCUUGCCAAAAUAUCAAUUAUAUUAAAGUCUUGUUAAAUGAAAUCUUACUAAUUACAAGUUGUUACACUUCUUUUGGAUUUUGGAGAUUUUCAAAGGAGUUACAUAAAUGUUUGGGCUAAUAACUAUUUACAAACAAUAACAAAGUUGGGGUUGUCUUUGUGGAAAAGGAGAUAUAUCUUUAUAUAAGCACACUUUAAGUGCUUAAGAAGUGCUCUUAUCCUUCUAUAUCUACAGUAUAUUGGUGGACCUUCUAUUUCUUCACAGAUGAAAAUUGCACAGGAUAAGGAUUGUAGUCAUCUUAGGCUACAAAGAGGGAGGGUAUAUACCGAUGAAAUCGAGGACUUCUAACUGAAUGAGAUACAAGAUAAUUGUACAUCUUAUUUAAAAUAGUGUUGGAUUUAGAGUCCAUAUUAUUUGUAAUCCUUAGUUAUCUAUUUUUUGCAUAAAGUACGUUCUUCAUAUAGAAGAAAGCUAUGAUCUUUGUUAAUUAAAUCCUCAGCCCAGAUCUUGGUAUAAUUUGGGAGAGAACAAAUCUAGUCUCAGAAGCUUACUAGCUCAGUGACCCCCAGGACAAGUUCCUUAGUCCCAUUUAGCUCAGUUUCUUCAUCUGUGAAAUAAGCUGGAGAAGAAAAUGAUAAAUCCACUCUAGUAUCUUUGCCAAGAAAACACCAAAUGCAUUCAUAAACUGUUGGACAUGACUGAACAACAACAAAGUUGGGGGGUGGGGGUUCUUUGAAUUCUACUUCUUAUCCAAUCUUCAUUGAGUUCUUCAUUCACUAUUUUAUAUGUUUGAUCUUGUAUCUCCUUUGAAAUUCAGAUGCCUUUCUUAAAAAUCAGUGAGCUUUUAAAGGUUACUAUAGCAUUCUUAUUCUCAAUAUCAAUUCUAUGUACCAAUAGCUCUUUUGUUCCAUAGGAAGCACUCUAAGAAAAAACAAAGAUAUGUUCUGUCCCUACCUCCAACACAUAAAAAUAUUUAAAGGGAAGCAUAUUAAAAAAAAAAAAAAAGAGCCACACCCCAAUUGAUAAAUGAUCAAAUGAUAUGAUCUAAGCCCAAAAGAACUACAAAUUCAUGCAUAUCCUUUAACUUAACAACACCACUACUUGGCAUGAAUAACAAAAAAGAUUCAAAAAAAAGAAAAAACCUACAUGUACAAAA